AUCGAAUAACGAAUAAUGGAUUGCCAAAAGUGUAAGAAAGUUUUGUCAAAAAAAGGGUCACAUUUCCAAUGUCAGGGACAGUGUAAGGGUACGUUUCAUAGAAGUUGUGUAAAGGGUCUAGCAGCUGAUUUAAAAGCUGGGAUAAGCCGUAUCUACUGCAACAACUGUACUGAUGAGGAUGACUCAGUAAACGAUGAUCAAGAAGAUGACGCCCGAUAUCAUGACAAGAUACUAAAAGAUAUCCAGAAAAACGUAAAUAUUAUUCCUUGCCUAAUAAAACAGUUGGAAUGUAUAAAAAAUAGCAUGUGUUUACUUUCUGAAAAAUAUGACACGUUGUUAGCUGAGCACGAAAAAUCAAAGGACAAAAUACGCAAACUUGAAAAGACAGUGGAAAACAUAAACAAUAAGUGCGUUUAUGUGGAAAAGUGCAAUACUGCAUUAGAACAAAAGCUACAUGACUAUGAGCAAUUAACUCGCAAGCAGAAUAUCGAAAUUGUAGGUCUUGAAGCAAUGCCAGACGAAAAUGUUACAGAAAUUGUUAGUAAGCUAGGGAAGAUGAUCAAUGUCAGUGAUGAUAAUAUUGAAUGGGUGAGACGGAAUCAACCACGAAAACAAGGUAUUAGUUCUGCAUCCAUAAUAGUCGGGUUUAAAGCAUCGGGAACCAAAUCACGCGACGCGUGGCUAGCAGAAAGACACAAGCUAAGUGAUAUAACAAGCGACAAGAUAACUGGCGGCAUAAAAAAGAGUAAAGUCUACAUCAAUGAGGACCUCACUAAAUCAACCCGGACUUUAUUAUGGUUUACUAAGAAGGUGCUACGGCACCACUACAAAUAUAUUUGGGUGUCUAAUGGGAAGAUUUUGGUUAAGAAGAUGGAUGGCAAUAAAACAUCCUGGGUGAGAUCUGAAAAAGAUAUAUUUGAUCUUCUCAAAAAGAAAGAUUAG